AUGUUUCCCACUUUGUUUCCGUUCGGUGUAGGAGGAUUUGAUGAUGAAAGUCGUCCAACAGCCCUGGGUUUUCGCCGGCAAAUCGAGUACAUGCUGGAUCUGGCUGAUAAAUCUUUUUGUUACCAUCGUACCUAUAUGUUUGUCAUGCUGAACAUAUGGCAACGUCGUUUGGCCCACCUCCAUACUCAUUUUACUGUCCGUCGUGCGCAUUUUGACACCUUGGCCAAGAAUCUUGUCUCUAUAUCCCCAAGUACCCUCCGUCGAGUGGCUGAACAUCUCCAAAAAGAAAAAUCAUAUUCCUCGCUGGCGAGCGCCGACUGUACUGCACUCAAUCUCCUCAGCAAAGUCAACACUAUCGCUGCCCGGAUACCAGGAUCACAAUCAGCCAAAAUUCACAUUCACAACGAAAUCCGGAGCUAUUUUGGUUAUUUUGGGGUCCCUCAGUUAUACUUCAUGUGUAAUCCUAAUGCUGCUCACAGCCCAACCUUUCAGGUGAUGUAUGGCGAUGAGACUGUGGAUCUCACUCAAUGUUAUCCUGUCUUGGUUUCAGCUCGUGAGCGUGCACUCCGCCUCGCUCGUGAUCCAGUUGCUGCAGCUGAUUUCUUUCAAUUUUGUGUGAAAGCUCUGUUCGCGCAUUUGUUCGGAUGUGACUAUGACACCACGAUUUCCACACCUCAGGGCGGAAUUCUGGGUCAUCUGGAAGCUUUCUAUGGAACCAGUGAG